GAGGAGAAGUUGACUUCAAUGACCUGGAAAAUGUCCUGCAAAAUAUGGGGAUAGAGCUCACAUCUAGAGAACACUUGGAGCUAGAGAAAUUACUUCCAAUUGAUGCUAAUGGAAAAAUAUAUAAGAAUAGGUUGCUGAAUUGUGUGAAAGGUAUAAAAGAGUUGCAAGUCAAUGUUCAUGACAUUGACAGUAUACUCGGAAACAUGGCAUUCAAACUCACAGCUGAGGAACUUAAUGAUCUAACCCCAAAUCUACCAGUGAAUGGGAAGGUUGAUAUAAAAAACCUGAAGACCGUUCUAGACAACAUGGGAAUCAAGCUCACAGAUAAAGAACUUGAAGAUCUGACACAAAGCCUGCCAGUCGGUGCUGAUAAUAAAGUGGCUCUGAAAGCAUUGGAGGAUGAAGUGAAAGCUUUUACUGGGAAGGUUGAUAUAAAAAACCUGAAGACCGUUCUAGACAACAUGGGAAUCAAGCUCACAGAUAAAGAACUUGAAGAUCUGACACAAAGCCUGCCAGUCGGUGCUGAUAAUAAAGUGGCUCUGAAAGCAUUGGAGGAUGAAGUGAAAGCUUUUACUGGAGAGGAAGUUGAUGUCAAUGACAUGAAAACAAUUCUAGGAAACAUGGGGAUAGAGCUUACGGAUAAAGAACUCACAGAACUGGUAAAUAAUCUGCCAGUUGAUGAUGGAAAGGUCUAUCAGAAAAGAUUGCUGGACGGUAUAAAGUUUCUUAGAGGUGAGGGAGAUGCUUAA